AUGUCGUUCUGGAAUAGUGGCCCAAUGCCAAUGCCCAUGGGCACCUACAAUCCAAACAUGCUCUACCCAUCCCAACCGCUGUUAGCACCUCAACAGCCUGUAUAUGUCUAUCGUACUAGUCACCGUUCUCACUCUCACUCCCACUCCCACUCGCGCCGUCACCGCAGCCGCGCGCGCAGCUACUCUUCAUCUCGCUCCUCUUCUCGUGAUCGUGAUCGCGAUCGCGAUCGGUCGCGGUCUAGGUCUCAUUCCGUUGCACCCGCUCCUCUGCAGCGGCAGCCCCCGAUGAUGCCUCAAAUGAUGCCUCAAAUGGCGCCCCAAAUAUACCAUGUACCAGGUCACAUCCGACCCGAAACUCUUCCUCCGAACGCCCAAGUCGUUCACCUCAGCGGGCACCAUCACCACAGGAGACACCGCAGUCACGGCCAUGAGCGGGACCCACGUCAAGAGAUCAUGGUACAACCUCCACCACAUGUGCAACCCCAGCCUCCUCCGGCUCCGGCGAAUUAUCAACUCCCCAGUGACGGAUUUCUUGACGGCGACCACGAGAGGUAUAGCCGAUAUCCACAAGUUGUCCAUUCAGAACCCCCUCAGCAUCAACCCGAAUCCCGCCAACGGCCGUAUCCGCGCGAUGAUGAGUACGAGCGGCGGCACGGACAUCAGGGAUACUAUGGGGAUAGACACGACGAUCGGCCGCGGCCUCAGUCGGAAUUCGCGUCUAAUCACUCCCACUAUGGUGGAGGUCACCAAUCGCAACAGCAACAGCAUAGUCAACAACAGGACUCUCACUCUCCUCGCCCAAGCAGCAUGAGUUUCAGGCCAAGUCACAAUGGCAGCGCCGGAGGACUUGGGGAUAUGGCUGCCAAUUUCGCUUCAGGCGUACUGAACAACUACGUUCAAGGACAUUCUCCACGUCCCCAUUCAUUCCACAACUCGUCUCGUCCGAAUAACCGACCAUAUCCUGCGGGUGGUGGUAGUGGCGUUUAUCAAGGGGGAGCGGGGGGAACCGAACACGCUCCGCCGCCUGGGCAAUUGGGCUUCGGCGACAUCGCUGCGGCCUUCCAAGGUGGGAGCGCUACGGGCAACUUAGAGGCAAUGGGGCAAGCCAUUGUCGAUGCGUAUCGGUAUUCGAGAUGUACGGGAAGGAAAAAGGCAGUUUGUAUCGGGAUCAACUACAUCGGCUCGUCCAACGAGCUCAAGGGGUGCAUCAACGACGCGUGGCGCGUCCGGGAUUUCUUGGUGGACUCUCACGGCUUCAAAGCCCAGGAUAUCCUCAUGUUGACGGACGACGCCCCCGAUCCCUCGAUCGACACGCGUUCCAUGACCAACUCCCGCUCGCGUUCGAAAACCAGCGGUAGCAGGGACCUUAGCAGAAGCCAGUUCCGCGCACUCAACUCGAGGUCGAAGGUGCAGACGCCGACGAGGGAGAAUAUCCUGCAGGCGAUGAAGUGGCUGGUGGGGAGCCCGAAGCAGGAUGAUUCGUUGUUUUUCCAUUAUUCGGGACACGGUGGAAGGACACCAGACGUACACGGGGACGAGGCGGAUGGGUACGACGAAGGCGAGUCUAUACCCCUCUAUUUCCAUCUCACUUCUUCACGUGCUGUCACUCUGGGACAAUUCUCGACCCGAACAUACGGCACUGCGCGUAUAGUAUUCCCCGGGUGGACAACGUUCCCGAGGGGAUAUAACGGAGAAGGCGAAGAGGAGGCUGGCAUGUGUUGGCGACAUUGUGGGUCGUCUUCUCUGCGUUACUAUGGCGUUUCGUUCUCUGACUUGCACCCUCUCCUCACCGCUCUACACCACGCAAUGACGUCCAAUGACGACCCAUAG